AAGUAGAUUUCUGUUAUGCUGUUCAAGAAAACUUGGCUCAGGUAGUUUGAAGGCUUUUGUGUAGAUCCUUUCUGCCAGGACAGCACGCGCAACACGCUCACAGGUGAAGGAAACACCGGUGUUGUCCCGACACAUUUUCAUCCAGUUAUCGUGUAAAGGUCAUCAGCGAACUUUUCCUAUGUUUGAAACAAUCGCAGUGAACAUGACGAGUUUGAAGGCGUUUAGCGAGCCAUUUGGGAGAGUGGCUUCUGAACCGGUGGAGGACACUGACCCCAGCACCUUCAUUACAGAGAUGUCUCUAAGGUCAAAUUACCCUGUUCAGGUCACUGAUCCACAAGGUAUCAGAGAUCCUGUAACCCUACAGCUCAGCUCUCUUCCCCCUGGUUAUCUGACGUCAGCGGUGGGCCGAAUACGACAGCCUGUGGAAAAUGACGGUACAGAAUUUAUCCCAUCGGCUUCUGUUUCAUCAGACUUUAGUAAAGAACAUAAGUCCUGUAAGGAAUGUUUGUGUUCUGCCCCUACACCCAAAAUCAGUGAUCUGAUGAACGACGAAGACCUUCUGUACACCCUAAGGCUGAAGCUGGAUCCAACUCACUGCACUGUCAAAAACUGGAAGAACUUUGCAAGCCGCUGGGGGAUGAGCUACGACGAGCUCACGCUUCUAGAGCAGCGCACACACGGUCCCACCUACCAGAGUCCCACUCAAGAGUUCCUCCUGCGCUACAACCAGAAACCUGUCACGGAGCUCACCGAACUUUGCCAGCUUUACCAGCGCAUCGAUGUGCUCCGAUUGCUCCAGAGGUGGUUGGAGAACGACUGGCCCUCGCGCUGGCAGAAGGCUCAUUAGCUGGGACUUAAUAAUAACUGGACCUUAAUGAAUGAAAUGUGUUCGUAGAAUCUGAAAUUCAUGACUGCAGGGAUGGACAGCAGGUCAGAACACACACUACUGAAGAGUGGUGGUGCAAAGACAGCGUUUACAAGGUUGUACACUGGACUUAGAUUAUUUUGAACUUUUGGCUGAUUUCAUCACUCCAAGUGUCACAGAUUGGUUCACAUCUUUGAAAUACAGAUAUUAGCUAUGCGAUUGAAGGGUGAUCAACAAAUAUAAGCAGUGACGCAUCAGCACUUAAGGAGGAAAUGGAAAGACCACUCAGGUGUGACUACACGUCUGGAAAGUCUCUGUCAAUCCAGUCAUACACUGUUUAAUUUAUUUUUAAUACAAACAGCCAUCUGUGUGUUGUGCCACUGUUGGUGGUUUUAUGAAGUGUCCUUAGUAACAUUUGUGAUGUUGAGUCAUUUGAGAUGGUUUCUCACCUUUAGUCUUGCCUGCAUUCUAGUAAUAGCCUAUUUAAUCAAUCACAAAUGUGUGGCUGGUCAGGACACAAAAACUGAAUCUCCUUCAUUUCAGCUGUAGUUCAGCUUCCUAUAAGCUCCUAUUGCAAUAAGGCAUUUAUAUCCCAGGAAAAUAUGAGGUUAGAGGUAGUUCAUAAUUUUGAUUGAUGCCAAAUCACAUAUAGAUUACAGCUAUUUUGCAGUUAAUUCAAGUCUUUAAAAAGUAAAACAACAUAAAAGACAAGAGAUUUGAUGAGGUAGAAAAAAAAAAGUUUAACCUUGGGAUUGAUUUAAUUAAAUAUAGUCCUAGCUACAGGUAUAUGGUACAGGAUGGUGUGCUUUGAUUAUUGGCCUUUGUCUGUAAACCAUUUGUUGAAUUGAAUGCAAGAUGUAAGAAAAGUUUUACUAUUUACGGUACACUAAAAUUCGUUCUGCUCGUGUUCUAUGAAUGAGACUCAUAGGGAGGGUUUGUGAAGUAGUCAGUUAAAGAUUAAACAUUUAGAUUUAAGUAACAUAUAAAACAUUUUGAUAUAUAUUCAAAUUCUCAUUGCACUGCUUACUGAGCACUUGAAUUUAGUAUCACGGUUGGUAUGAAUGGCACUUAAAUUAUUUUUCGCCCUAUUAUUUGGAGUCUUUAAAAAAGAUUUAGAAUGUCUCUGAGAAAGGAGCAGUAAAAUAGCAGUAUAACUGCAGAGAACCAUGGGUCUGGAUUGGAAGUUGAUGGAACUUACAGUCUGAGCUGGUUUAAAUUUGGUUAUCGCAAAUAUUUGAUAGUUUAAAAAAUGCAGCUCGUUGCGGUUUCAGAAUUCAUGGUCAAAUAUCAAUCACAAUGCAGGUAAUAGGGUAGGUUUUGACAACAUUACCUCUUCUAAACAAGAUUCUUUUUGUCUUCUUUAAAAAGUGUUUGGUUUUGUGCUCUGUACUCUACCUAGCUUUUAAUUUCCUGUGUCUGAAUUUUAAAGCCGCAUCUGUUUGUGUGCAUCAGAGGUUCUCUGUAAAAAAAUAAAACAUUUAUAUGCACAGUA